AUGAGCAAGCCAGUGCACAUCCUCAUCGUGGGCGCUGGAGCCGUCGGCUGCUUCUAUGCCUCCAAGCUUCACCAGACCCACUCGGAACGUCAGAUCCUCGUCUCGCUCGUCUGUCGCUCCAACUACGCCGCUAUCGCCGCCAACGGUGUUUCGCUCCAGACGCACUCGUUUGGCGACUACCACUUUACACCGCACAAAGUGUUCUCGUCGAUCCCUGAGGCGGGUGAAGCGGGGAUCGACUGGGACUAUGUGGUGGUGACGACGAAGGCGUUGCCGGAUGUGACGAAUGAUGCGCACGACAUUCGACCUGUGGUCAAGCGUGGGGUGGAGGGGAGCUGCAUUGUUCUCAUCCAGAAUGGUGUGGGGAUUGAGGAGGUGCAUCGUGUGGCGUAUGGGGAGAACCCGAUUGUGUCUGCGGUGACCGUGAUUAGCGCGGAGCAGAUCAAACACGGCGUCAUCAAGCAGAAUCGAUGGACGAGGAUCACCAUGGGCACGUACACCAAUGGUCAGGCCAAACCCAACUCUCUCCUCUCGGAUUCCGCUUUGCUGUCCAAACUCACUUCAACGACAGACACCCACAUCAAGAAUCUUGUAGCAUGGUUCAGCGCAACCGGCAUCAAAGACGCCGAGUUCUCGCCCGAGCUCAGCCUCCAACAAACCCGAUGGCACAAGCUGUGCAUCAACGCAUCCAUGAACCCCUCCUCGGUCCUCUCCGGCGGAACCACCAACAGUCGCAUGGCACUCGACCCCGAACUUCGCACGCACCUCCGCGCAUGUAUGGACGAAAUCUUUCUCACCGCACCAAAGAUCUUGGGUAUCGAGUUUGACGAGAAAAAGCACGCUAGCCCCGAACGCAUCCUCAAGUCUACGGAGAGGAACACGAGCGGCAAACCGAGCAUGUUGUUGGACUGGCAGGCGGGGAGACCGAUGGAGUUGGAGGUCAUUCUGGGAAACCCGUUAAGGAUUGCCAGGAGGGAUGGAUGGGAGAUGCCGAGGUUGCAGACGCUGUAUGCGCUGUUGAAGAUGGCGCAGGUGCGGAAGAGGGAAGAUGCAGAGGGGGCAAAGGCAAAGUUGUAA